AUGGAAGAUAAAUUUGUUAAAUACUUUGUGGUAGACGCGUUCACUGACUCGGCUUUCAAGGGAAACCCAGCUGCUGUUUGUUUGUUAGAAGAAGUAAAGGAUGAAAAAUGGCUACAAGCUGUGGCUGCUGAGUUCAAUAUCUCCGAGACGUGUUACUUGACUCGAAUCAGCACUGAUGUUGCCGUCACUUCCAAUCCCAGGUUCCGACUUAGAUGGUUCACUCCUGUUGCCGAGGUUGAGCUUUGUGGCCAUGCAACAUUAGCUGCUUCACACGCACUAUUUUCAAAUGGCUUGGUAAAUUCUAACAUUAUUGAGUUUGACACGCUAUCAGGCAUUCUGACUGCUAAGAAAGUUCUUCAAAGUAUCAAACCUGAGUGUGUCUCAAAUGGUGAAGCAAAAGAGAGUUUUCUCAUUGAAUUGGAUUUCCCAAUUGUUCCAACAACUGAAUUCUCCAUAGAUGCUAUGUCGAUUUCUAAGGCACUGAAUUCUGCUUCAAUAAUUGAUCUCAAGAGGACCACCACCUCUGAUGACCUCUUCGUUGUCUUGCCAUCUGGUAAAGACGUUACAAAAUUAAAUCCACAAUCUGACGAGAUACGUAAAUGUCCUGGAAGUGGGGUAAUUGUUUCUGGAGUUGCUCCACCAGAUUCUGGAUUCGAUUUUUAUAGUCGUUUCUUCUGCCCAAAAGUUGGGAUUGAUGAGGAUCCUGUCUGUGGGAGUGCACAUUGCGCGCUAGCACCUUAUUGGAGCAAAAAGCUUGGAAAGUGUGAUUUAAUGGCAUAUCAAGCAUCUCCUAGAAGUGGGAUAUUGGACAUCCAUUUAGAUGAGCAGAACCAGAGAGUGUUGCUGCGAGGGAAAGCUGUUACUGUGAUGGAAGGCUCUCUACUGGACUACGACGAAUUUCCAAUGGAACAAAGUGCUCCGUUUGCUCUUUCAAUUGCUCCUCGGGUGUGCACUCACUCCAUCGACAUAGAUGCAAACGAGGGGAAGGUGACAGUCUCAAGCACAGUAGACCCUCAUGUACUAGUAGAAGAGUUUGCAAAGACUGGGAUCGAAGAAAGCACAAGUUCCGUGGGAACCAAGACCUCUCUUGAUGAACCAAAACAAAGUUGA